CCACAUUGCUGUGUAGCUUUAAUGCUUCAACCAUCCUUACCCUCCACUUCACCAGCCCUAACUCACUGACAUGAACUGAGCUACUUCAUCCUCCAAGCAAGCCAAUGAUUUGCAUUAUCCUUGUAGCUGGUCAUGGAGUUGUUCUGGAGAGGCAAAUACUGGAGAAUCGUAGUGGAGCUUACGAUCACCUGAUUGGAAUCCCCAAGGCUCUCCUGCCGGCCAGACCAGACUCUUCAGGCAGCGGGGACACCAUACUGGACUGCUGGUGGAAUGCCCUUCAGAGUCGUCAGCAGUUCAGCGAUGUGUAUCUAGUUACGAAUGCUGCAAGGUACAAACACUAUGAGAGGUGGGCGAGUGCUCACAGCUUUCCAGUGCAUAACAUCAUCAAUGAUGGAUCGACCACCAUAGAAAAUAGUCUAGGGGCAGUGGGUGAUUUGGAGUUGGCUAUUCGAAGCAAGAAUAUAAUCAACGACAUCAUGGUGGUGGCUGGUGAUAUGCUCUUUGGACACAAUUUUGACAUUGGUCAAGUGUGUAACUACUUCAAGCUCAAGAAAGGAGACCUGGCUAUAUACUAUGAGCUACCUGAAUCUGAAUCCACUGAGCAGAGAGGGAUUGUAGAGAUUGACGUACCAACUGGAAGAAUCACCAAGUUUAUUGAGAAGCCCCAGUCUCACGAGACCACCUCACGAUUGGCCAGUCCCGUGUUCUAUUGCCUUCAGAGAGACUCACUCAAACUUGUCAGUGAGUACACGGAUCAGCACACCAACAAAACAAAGAGGGCCCUGGGAAUGUUCAUGGCGUGGCUGGUGACCAAGAGAACUGUGUACGGUAUGAAACUGCCCACGAGGUUCCAACUGAUAGGUCAGGUGACUCUGGCCGACUAUGAGAAGUGGAUUUCCUGGUUCAAACAGAAGCAGUUGCAAAGCACUGAGCAAGCUUCACCCAUCACAUUUCGUAUUUACGCCAGGAUAGGGUUGAUGGGAAAUCCAUCUGACGGCUUCUUUGGGAAGACCAUUUCUUUCUCCAUUGCUAACUUUUGGGCUGAGGUUACAAUCGUGGAGUCCUCAAAAUUGAAACUCAUCCCUCACCCUCUCAAUGACCCCACGGAGUUUGGCAGUCUCUCUGACCUCUAUGGUGUUAGCAGGAAGGAGGGGUAUUUGGGAGGAUUGCGUUUGUUGCAAGCAACGUGCAAGCAGUUCUAUCAAUACUGUGCCGAGCAUGGAAUUGCUCUGGCUCGUAAAAACUUCACUCUGACUUACGACACCAAUAUCCCAAGACAAGUGGGACUGGCCGGGAGCAGUGCUAUCAUUACAUCUACCCUCAAAUGUUUAAUGAAGUUCUACAACCUCUCGGAGAUAGACAUGCCCUUGCCAUUACAGCCCAACUUUGUACUAGGAGUUGAAACCACUGAACUGUACAUUCAAGCUGGCCUUCAAGACAGAGUGAUUCAGGUGUACGAAGGACUCGUGUGUAUGGAUUUUGAUCGAGAGACAAUGGAGAAGCAGAAACAUGGAACAUAUGAGAGACUGAAUCCAUGUAAGCUCCCUCCAUUGUGGCUAGCCUAUCUGUCAGACCCCAGUGACUCGGGAAAGAUGCACAGCACUGUGAAGGAGCGAUGGAUUAAAGGUGAUCAAGAGGUGUUGGAUGCAAUGAAACAGUUCGCCAAUCUAACGGAUCAGUCAAGGACUGCAAUUGAGGAGCAGAAUUUUAAACAAUUGUCCACUCUGAUAAACAAAAACUUUGACACACGUCGUCGUAUCUACGGAGACCAAGCCCUGGGGGAGGAUAAUCUAGAGAUGGUGGAGAUAGCACGAGCACACGGCUCCUGUGGCAAGUUUGCUGGUAGUGGAGGGGCUGUGUUUGGGAUCUGUAGUGAUGCAGACAAGAAGCUGGAAAUGAAAAAAGUAUUUCAACAGAAGGGAUACGUGUUUUGUGAUGUGCAAGUAUAUUCCCCUGUACAGCAAAAAUGAACUAAUUUCUGUGCUCUGUAUAUAAUUUAUAGAGACAAAAACUACAAUCAUGACCUGUUUUUACUUUGUUUUGUUGACGCCCAUUUCCAAUAAGCAUGUGCCAAAAUCAUAA